UAGCAGCUCUACUGUUUCCACUAGAUUCCACUAAAAUACUGACAAUAUAUUUCUCACUAUAGCUUAACAGACUAUCUGUGUCCAGUAAACAGAGAACUGGAUGUGCCAGAAUGUUCUUCAAUUAAAUAUAUUAAAUAUUGCCAGAGAUGGUUUAUAAUGAGUCUUCAAAGUUAUAUCAAAAAGUGGGUGCAAAUCGCCAGAGGAAACAAGGAUGAAUGAAAAAUCCAGGUUUAUAUAGUUUUGAACUACUUACCCAGGAUAUUCACUUGCUGAAACAAGUAUUUCAGUUAUGCUUAGCAGAAAAACAUGUUUUGGAACAGAGCUGAUAAGAAGAGACCGGGUAAAUGUUCUGUGAAUGGACAACUGUUGUCAUUACAUAAAGUGAUUCAGAUCUUAAUCAUGUGCUGUUUAAACUGAAACAUAUCUCUAGAAGAGAACCUGUUUGGGCGGUUUGGCCGCUUGCUGUGUCUGUUAAUUAUUCCGAGGGAAGUAACAGCAUACUGUAAUUUGAUUGGACGUCAGUAGACAGGUCUUACCUAUGAGCAUGCUGUUUGUGUAAAAGGCUGCACACCUGCACUGAAACACAACAGCGCUGAUUGUGUUGGUGAGGAGAUGAAGCUCACUAUUGAGUACAAUGCCAUUAAUGAGAGGAACACGUUCAGCAGUGGAGAUACUCUGACAGGUCAGGUUAUUGUUGAAGUGUCGAAGAAAACCACCGUUAAAUCUCUCACCAUCAAAGCGAAAGGAAAAGCUAACGUGCUGUGGUCGGAAUCUUACGGGAAACACAGUGUGGCGUACUGGGAUUCGGACAAAUACUUCUCCCAGACUGAGGCCAUCGUACCCACAGAUCACGACGAUGGCUCUUUCACUCUCAGUCCUGGGAUAAAUACAUUCCAUUUUGUGAUUCAGCUUCCCCCAAAUGACUUGCCGUCAUCUUUUAAAGGUAAAAGUGGUAAAGUUAAAUACCAUCUGUUGGCCCAGUUAAGGAGGACGCUGAGGGCGCAGAGUAAAGCAGAGACCGAGUUCACCUUCAUUUCACGACGUCCGGAUUCCCUUCUUCCUCUAGCCAGGACUCCACAGCAUGGUGCUAAAGAUAAGGAUGUUGGAUUUUUCUCUUCUGGUAACAUCUCAAUGAACAUUUAUUUGGAGAAGACUGGUUACCAGCAAGGUGAAAACUUAGUCAUCAGAGGUGAAAUCGUCAACAGCUCCACCAAAAAUAUCGUUCCCACAUACAUCAUCUAUCAGAAGCAGAGCUUCUUCGCUUCAGGAAAAAGAAGUCUACAUAUUUCACACAUCGUGCAGGAGAAAGAAGCUGCUUUACCCUCCUCCAGCAGGCUAACCGUGUCGAAAAUAUUGACUAUUCCCUCAGGAGUCACCCCCACCAUCCUCAACUGCCGCAUCCUCAAAGUGGAAUACCGGCUGAAGGUGAUCCUGGAUGUGUCCUUCACUAAAAACCCAGAGCUAAAACUCCCGCUGGUCAUCCUGCCUGCCUGUGAUGGAGCCAUGGCAAAGGUUCUGGAGACGGACGAGCAGCUCUAGCAGCUCUACUGUUUUCACUAGAGUCCACUAAAAUACUGACAAUAUAUUUCUCACUAUAGCCUAACACUAUAGUCUCUGCAUCCAGUAAACAGAGAACUGGAUGUGCCAGAAUAUUCUUCAAUUAGACAAGGACAAAGCAAAGACCAUUUGUAAAUGUCAGAAAUCUGGAUGAUCUUCUCGACUGUGAUAUUGCCAGAGAUGGUAUAUAAUGAGUCUCCAAAGUUAUAUCAAAAAGUGGGUGCAAAAUGCCAGAGGAAACAAGGAUGAAUGAAAAUUCAAGGUUUAUAUAGUUUUGAACUACUUACCCAGGACAUUCACUUGAUUUUAAAAGGCAGAAUAAAGUAUUUUAUCAAAAGAAGCUAGAAACCCCACUACUAUUUUCCUACCAGCAGCAUUACUGCUACUGUGAGCUCACUGACUGGUUCAUAGUUGGUUCAAGUUAGCCAGAGCAAUGAUUUUAAAACAUGUUUAACUGGAGUUUAAAUUCUUUAAAAUUAAUUAUGUGAUCCUACAUUUUUUGAUAUCGCUAUGUGUUGAAAUUAAUUUUCAUUUAUGAUUCGCCUUUUGACAAACUGUGAUUUUGCUUCAUAUAAACACAUUAUUUUUCACCUUCCAAAAACACGUUAUCAAAUAGGUAUUCUCCUCUCUAGAAGUUGUUUUUAUGAUAUUACCUUCAGUAGUUAUUUUAAACGUCAGUUUGCAAUUUUAAGAGAUCAUUCUUUAUAUCAAUAUUAAGACCAGAUUUAAAUAAAUGACUUUAAAACAAUCCCUAAAGGACAGUUUAGCAGCUGUAGCUUACUGAAAUGAUGCUGUGAAAGUAUGCGUAAGACUCAUAAUGCUAACUAUAUAGUAGACGACUUCGAAAAGAUUCUAAAAAGACUCCAAAAAGACUUAAAAAUAAACUUAAGUCUGAAAGCCUCUUAUAUCUAAAGACAAGUCACACACUUUGUAUACUCCAGGAGAAUGGUGGUUUCCGAGCCAUCGCCAAAGUCUCAUCCAUGUCCAGUUCUGCAAGCGUUCCUGGGCUUUCCUUGCAGCUUCCCAUAGCUCUCCUAUUGGUCGGUGGCAUUGUUUAUGUCACUAUUUGCAUGAACGUAAGACUUACGUUAAUAAUAAACACGGUUAAUUUCAUUGUUUGGUGUAAAGUCGGCAUUAAAAGAUCAGUCCUAUCACAAUUAAAUCCAAAUAUCUUCUCACUGUCUGUCAGUUAGUUCGUUAAGGACCUAAAUACAAUACAUAACUGCUGUAGUUAGAAAUUACAUAUGCACUGUAGAUAAAGAAUAAACAUCAGUUAAGCAUAAAGAGUCUAUAUUUUACAUCUCUCUCGUAUUGUAUUCUCAUCUUCUUCAUAUUAGGUUUACUUAACAGGUUUAUUUAAAUGUGAGCAUUUUAUAUGCAACCUUUUGUACUGUACUAAGUAAAUAACCUGUAAUUGAAUCUGAUUAGAUGGUUUGUGUUUUGUAUCUCAGUUCAAAGACAGUCCUGUCUGCAUAUAUAUCAGGUAAAAUUGCAGACUAAACUCUGUAGGCAGUAAAUACAGUUAUUAUUGUUAUGUUUUUUGUUUACAUCAGUAAAAUAUAAAAUUAAACCAGUCUGUUCUGAUAUAGGCUGCUUUAAAUCUAUGAAAUCAAAAUGAAAUCAAAAUAUUUAAAUCCAGGCUGAAUAUAAUAAUUCCAUUUUAGGGUUGGCUUAUUGUA